GCGAAAAAGUAGCUGUCAAAUGCGCGGCGCCUUUAACCGGCGCGAUCAGUGCGGCUCGGCGAGUCAUGGCGACCGCAGCCUCCAACCACUACAGCCUGCUCGCCUCCGGCUCCCCCAUGGUGCACGCCGAGCCGCCCGGCGGCAUGCAGCCCGGCGGCGGCUACCGCGACGCCGGCGCCCUGGUGCAGGCGGACUACGCGCUGCAGAGCAACGGGCACCCGCUGAGCCACGCUCACCAGUGGAUCGCGGCGCUGUCCCACGGCGGCCCCGGCGGCGGCGGCGGCGGCGGCGGCGGCGGGGGCGGCGGCGGCGGCGGCGGCGGCGAGGCGCCCUGGUCGGCGGGCGCGCUGGGCCAGCCCGACAUCAAGCCGGCGGUGGUGCAGGCGGGCGGGCGCGGCGACGAGCUGCCGCCGCCGCCGCAGCACCCGCCGCCGGGGCGGGCGCCGCACCUGGUGCACCACGGCGGCGGCGGCGGAGGGCACCACGCGGCGGCGGCGGCGGCGGCGGCGGCAGCGGCGUGGCGGGCGGGCGGCGCGGCGCACCUGCCGCCCGGCAUGGCCGCGGCCAACGGCGCGCAGGCGGGGCUGCUCUACUCGCAGCCGCCCGGCUUCACCGUCAACGGGAUGCUGGGCGCCGGGCAGCCGGGGCUGCACCACCACGGCCUGCGCGACGCCCACGAGGAGCCGCCGCCGGGGCCGCCGCACCACGGCCCCGAGCACCCGCCGCCGCCCCACGGCCCCCACCCCGGGGCGGCCGGGCCGGCACCGUCCGCCGCCGCCGCCGCGCCCCCCGGGCCGCCGCCGCACCACGACCCGCACUCCGACGAGGACACGCCGACCUCGGACGACCUGGAGCAGUUCGCCAAGCAGUUCAAGCAGCGGCGCAUCAAACUGGGAUUUACCCAAGCGGACGUGGGGCUGGCGCUGGGCACCCUCUACGGCAACGUCUUCUCGCAGACCACCAUCUGCCGCUUCGAGGCCCUGCAGCUCAGCUUCAAGAACAUGUGCAAGCUGAAGCCUUUGUUGAACAAGUGGUUGGAGGAGGCGGACUCCUCCUCGGGCAGCCCCACCAGCAUAGACAAGAUCGCGGCGCAGGGCCGCAAGCGGAAAAAGCGCACCUCCAUCGAGGUGAGCGUCAAGGGCGCGCUGGAGAGCCACUUCCUCAAGUGCCCCAAGCCCUCCGCCCAGGAGAUCACCUCGCUCGCGGACAGCCUACAGCUGGAGAAGGAGGUGGUGAGAGUGUGGUUUUGUAACAGGAGACAGAAAGAGAAGCGCAUGACUCCCCCGGGAGGGACGCUGCCGGGCGCCGAGGACGUGUACGGGGCCAGCAGGGACACGCCGCCGCACCACGGGGUGCAGACCCCCGUGCAGUGAACUCGCGGCGGGGGCGCCCGGCCCCUCCUCCUCCUCUCCUCCUCCUCCUCCUCCUCCUCCUCUCCUUCCCCCAACUUUUGAUUGUCCUUUUUUUUCUUUUUUUUUUUUCUUUUUUUUAAAUUUUAUUUUCUCCUAUCUUUAAAAAAAAAAAAAAGACAAAAAUCAAAAAAAAAAAGAAACAAACGCGAAAAAAAGAAAAGAAAACAAAAAAGCGAGCGAGCGAGAGGGCGAGCGCGAAUCACAGCGGACAGACAGAUAGACAGACAAAGCACCUGCACCACACUGUCCCUUAGACUGUAGGAGGUGUGAUGCUGUAUUUUGACCUUUCCAGGCGAGUGCCCGUGCACGGGAGUGGAGUGGGUACCGCGCACGGGCAGGCAGGCGGGCACCGGCAGGGCAGCGGCGGGCACCGGCAGGGCAGGCGCAGGGCGAAGCGGUUCGCACAAAACUCCCUCACUCGCUGGCCAAAACAUACGGCGCUGCCCUGCCGGGGAGGGGGCGGAGGAGAAAGGGGGGCACAGCCACCUCGGGUCCCCUCCGGAGCCCCCUCCCGCCACACAAAGGCAGAUUGCAUUGUGGAAUGUCGCUCGGUGUUGGCACAUGCUGCUGUGUUUAUUUUCUGUGGAUCCCCUGUAUGAAUAUAUGUAAGGAAAAAAAAAAAAAAAAAAAAAAGGAAGAGAACUGAAAAGCUAUCCCUUUUGAUGUAGACAGUAUUUAACCGUACCAAUUUGCACUGCAAGAAAAUCGAAGUUUACAUAAACAAAAUGUUUAUUUUUUCUUUUUUUUCCCCUUCCUUUCCGACCUUAAUUUUGCAAAUGACUUGCAUUUUCCACAGUAAGCGUUAGUCAACCAGUGACCGGUCUACAAUAUGUUACUGUGUUUUAGCCUUUGCUUUAUGUGUAUAUGUGAACUUUUGUUAUAAACAAGUAUUCUUAAA